GACGCUGCGGGAGAACCGCGAGUCUCCUCCCAGGGCUGGACUGGGGCCAACAUCCCUGUUCCCAGCCUGCCGUGCUGCGCGGAGGGGGAGCGGGGUGCGCACAGGACUGGGGGGCUCGGAGCUCCUGGAUCCCCACCCUGCUCCGGCUUCCGGGCUGGGGGAGCAGGAUAAGGAGGGGGGACGGUGGGUGCUGGGAAUGGCGGGGCUAGGACACACAUGGAAAAGGGGUGUCCCGGCUGCCGGGUGCACCAUGGUGGAGGUGACAGUGACACCGCAGUCCUCGCUGGCUGACCGGCCCGUGCAGAUCCGUGUGCGGGGACUGUCCCCAUCCCAGCUUGUCACCCUCCGGGCGUGGCUGAAGGACGAGCAGGGCGAGUGCUUCCAAUCCCGCGCCUUUUUCCGCGCUGACGGAGCGGGAGAGGUGGAUCCCGGGCUCCAUGCCGCCCUGGGGGGCAGCUACUCUGGGGUCUGGCCCAUGGGGCUCUUCUGGUUCCUGCAGCCUGACACGCUGUUCCGCCGGCUGGUGAAGCGGGAUGUGGCCGGCAGCCCCUUCCGCGUCCGGCUGGAAGUGUUGGAUGGGCUCAGCCUGGGCACGGAUCCCCGGGAGCAGCCGCUGGCAUCCUGCGAGGCUGAGCGCUGGUACGUGGGCCCCGGAGUGCAGCGGGUGCCCGUCCGUGAGGGAAGGGUCCGUGGCGCACUGUUCCUGCCUCCUGGUCCGGGCCCCUUCCCCGGAGUCAUUGACCUGUUUGGGGGUGCGGGGGGGCUGAUUGAGUUCCGGGCAGGGCUCUUGGCCAGCCGGGGCUUUGCCGUGCUGGCCCUCGCCUUCUUUGCCUACGACGACCUGCCCCGAGUCCUGGCCCAGCUGGACCUGGAAUAUUUUGAGGAAGCAGCACAGCUGCUCCUCCGGCAUCCCAAGGUCCGAGGCCCCGGCCUGGGCGUGGUGGGCGUCUCCAAAGGAGCGGAGGCGGCCUUGGCCAUGGCCACCUUCCUGCCACAGGUGGUGGCCACAGUGUGGAUCAACGGAACGAGCUUUCUCUAUGGAAACCCGCUGGUCUACAAGGAGCUGCGCAUCCCUGCCAUUCCCUACUACACCGAGCGCAUCCUGUUCACCGAGGUGGGAGCCAUCGACAACUCCGCCAUCUUCGCCGACCCCCGGGAUCCGGCCUGCCAUGCCUCGGCCAUCCCAGUGGAGAGGAUCCGGGGAAAGGUACUGUUUGUGGUGGGAGAGGCCGACCGCAGCUUCAACAGCAAGCUCUUCGCCGAGCUGGCCCUGGCGCGGAUGCCGCCGGAGAGCGGCCAGAUCCUGUCCUACCCCGGCGCCGGGCACCUGAUCGAGCCCCCCGGAUCCCCCCUGUGCAGCAACUCCGCCAUCCGGGGCACUCCCAAGCCGGUGGCAUGGGGGGGAGAGCCCCAGCCCCACGCCCGGGCCCAGGAACAUUCCUGGCAGGAGAUCCUGCAGUUCUUGGAGCUCCAUCUGGGGUCGUUUGCUGCCAUGAAGCUGUGAGGGGUGGGGAAAAGGGGUGGUAGUCACUGGGAUUGUCACCGCAGGGAAUAAAGUGUCACCACUGGUGGCUCCUGCCUGUG